CUGUUUCCGCUGCAUUUCAGCUGAGCUGCCGCAGGCGGCCAUCGCCGCCGUCUGGGCGCUGGAAGCCAUCUCGCCUCUCUUCAUCCCUGCCCUGAACCUUUCCUUGACGCUGUAGCCAGCUGAGGGCGGUCGGCGCGGGUGGCAGCAGUGGGACCCCAGGAAAUUUUAAUUUUGCUUAGGAGCUGUGACUGAUGAGAAUUAAAGGCCAUGGAUGAAGAUGGACUUGAAUUACAACCACAAGGGCCAAAUUCAUUUUUUGAUGCAACAGGAGCUGUUACACACAUGGAUGGUGAACAAAUUGUCGUGGAAGUGCAAGAAACUGUUUUUGUGUCAGAUGUUGUGGAUUCGGACAUAACUGUGCAUAACUUUGUUCCUGAUGACCCAGACUCUGUUGUAAUCCAAGAUGUUAUUGAGGAUGUUGUUAUAGAAGAUGUGCAGUGCCCAGAUAUCAUGGGAGAAGCAGAUGUAUCUGAAACGGUCAUCAUUCCUGAACAAGUGCUGGACUCAGAUGUAACCGAAGAAGUUUCUUUAGCACAUUGCACAGUUCCAGAUGAUGUCUUAGCCUCUGACAUUACUUCAGCCUCCAUGUCUAUGCCAGAACAUGUCUUGACCAGUGAGUCUAUACAUGUGUCUGAUGUUGGACAUGUUGAACAUGUGGUUCAUGAUAGUGUCGUAGAGGCAGAGAUUGUCACCGAUCCUCUGACCACUGACGUAGUUUCAGAAGAAGUAUUAGUAGAAGACUGUGCCUCUGAAGCAGUCAUAGAUGCCAACGGGAUCCCCGUGGACCAGCAAGAUGACGACAAAAGCAACUGUGAGGACUACCUUAUGAUCUCCUUGGAUGAUGCUGGCAAAAUAGAACACGAUGGUUCAUCUGGAAUAACCAUGGAUGCAGAGUCAGAAAUUGAUCCUUGUAAAGUGGAUGGCAAUUGUCCUGAAGUCAUCAAGGUGUACAUUUUUAAAGCUGACCCCGGAGAAGAUGACUUAGGUGGAACUGUAGACAUUGUGGAGAGUGAACCUGAGAAUGAUCAUGCAGUUGAGCUACUUGAUCAGAACAACAGUAUUCGUGUUCCUCGAGAAAAGAUGGUUUAUAUGACUGUCAAUGACUCUCAGCAAGAAGAUGAAGAUUUAAAUGUCGCUGAAAUCGCCGAUGAAGUCUACAUGGAAGUGAUUGUAGGAGAGGAGGAUGCUGCAGCAGCAGCAGCGGCAGCAGCAGCUGUGCAUGAACAGCAGAUGGAUGACAGUGAAAUCAAAACCUUCAUGCCGAUCGCUUGGGCAGCAGCUUAUGGUAAUAAUUCUGAUGGAAUUGAAAACCGGAAUGGCACUGCAAGUGCCCUUUUGCACAUAGAUGAGUCUGCUGGCCUCGGCAGACUGGCUAAACAAAAACCAAAGAAAAGGAGAAGACCUGAUUCAAGGCAGUACCAAACAGCAAUAAUUAUUGGCCCUGAUGGACAUCCCUUGACUGUGUACCCUUGCAUGAUCUGUGGGAAGAAGUUUAAGUCGAGAGGUUUCUUGAAAAGACACAUGAAAAACCAUCCUGAACACCUUGCCAAGAAGAAAUACCGCUGUACUGACUGUGAUUACACUACCAACAAGAAGAUAAGUUUACACAAUCAUCUGGAGAGCCACAAGCUCACCAGCAAGGCAGAGAAGGCCAUCGAAUGUGAUGAGUGUGGGAAGCAUUUCUCUCACUCUGGGGCUUUGUUUACUCACAAAAUGGUGCAUAAGGAAAAAGGAGCCAACAAAAUGCACAAGUGUAAAUUUUGUGAAUAUGAGACAGCUGAACAAGGGUUAUUGAAUCGCCACCUUUUGGCAGUCCACAGCAAGAACUUUCCUCAUAUUUGUGUCGAGUGUGGUAAAGGUUUUCGUCACCCAUCAGAGCUCAAAAAGCACAUGCGAAUCCAUACUGGGGAGAAACCGUACCAAUGCCAGUACUGCGAAUAUCGAUCUGCAGAUUCUUCUAACUUGAAAACACAUGUAAAAACUAAGCAUAGUAAAGAGAUGCCAUUCAAGUGUGACAUUUGUCUUCUGACUUUCUCAGAUACCAAAGAGGUGCAGCAACAUGCUCUUAUCCACCAAGAAAGCAAAACACACCAGUGUUUGCAUUGUGACCACAAGAGUUCGAACUCAAGUGAUUUAAAGCGACAUAUAAUUUCAGUUCACACGAAGGACUACCCCCAUAAGUGUGACAUGUGUGAUAAAGGCUUUCAUAGGCCUUCAGAACUCAAGAAACACGUGGCUGCCCACAAGGGUAAAAAAAUGCACCAAUGUAGACAUUGUGACUUUAAGAUUGCAGAUCCAUUUGUGCUAAGUCGUCAUAUUCUCUCGGUUCACACAAAGGACCUUCCAUUUAGGUGUAAGAGAUGCAGAAAGGGGUUUAGGCAACAGAAUGAGCUUAAAAAGCAUAUGAAGACACACAGUGGCCGGAAAGUGUAUCAGUGUGAGUACUGUGAGUAUAGCACUACAGAUGCCUCAGGCUUUAAGCGACACGUUAUUUCCAUUCAUACAAAAGACUAUCCUCACCGGUGUGAGUACUGCAAGAAAGGGUUCCGAAGACCUUCGGAAAAGAACCAGCACAUAAUGCGGCAUCAUAAAGAAGUUGGCCUGCCCUAACAAUACUUCCAAUCAGUCUAGUUCACCUACAAUACUGUAUAUUGAUUUAUGCUGUGUACAAAUAGAAUUGUUGCUUCUAGUUUUUUUUUUUUACAUUUUGUUUGGUAGUGUGUUCUGAAUUCUAUCCAGUUUGUUUAAUAAAUGGGGAAAAGUAGCAACAAGCUAGUUGCUUUUAAUAAAGUAAUCCCUGAUUCUAUACUGAAUUUUUCUAUCUUAGAAGUUUUAUAUUUAUUUAAAUAUUUACCUUGCUUACCUUGAUGGUACUCUUCUAAGACCAUUUAACUUAAGGUAACUUUAGAUUGGUAAUUCUGAAAGUAUUCGUGUUGACUCAUUGUUUUGCCCCCAUAAAUUUCUCACAAGAAAAUUGUCAGAGAUAAUCUUAUAUGAGUGGGAGAUUUUAUGGUCAGGUCUCAUGAUCAUAACAUGGAAGUCAUUUACUUGUCUUGCUUAGUCUUUUCAGACCAUGCAAUGAGAGAAGUUUCCAUUUGAGCUUUUGUGUCCCUGGCAUCGCUGAGCAAGGAGCAGUGGCUGGGCUUGUGUUUACUUUUCGUUUUGUUUAGCAACAGAAUAUACUUCUUUAUGCUUUCUUUGGACUAUUUACAUCUUUUGUCAGCAUAGCAAACUUUUAAGAAAACCUUAUUGGAAAAUUUUGCUUGAUCCUGUUGUAAUUUGAGUAUUCUGUCUGUGCUGCUUUGUCUGGAAUGGUUGGUUGUGUACUGCAAAUGAAACUUAACGAGGACUGCAUUUUGGAAUCUCCUAGAGGUGACUUGUGGCUUAUAGGAUCUUUUGCAACUUUAUGUAUGUAAAUGUACUCUGAAUUAUAUAUAUACACAUAUAUAUAUAACAUGUACCUGUGUGUAUUGCUUAUUUUAUGUAUUUAUACACACAACCCCAAGUAGUAGUUGUUUAAAAUCUAUAAUAAAAAGUAUUAAAUUUACAAUAACAUGGAAGAUCCAGGGAUUCAUGAGAGAGCAUUUUGUAAGUCAUGCUCUUCAGAGAGACUACUCAGGUGAAGAAUAAGAAGGAAAUAAGGACACUAGUAUUUUUAAAGAGUAAAGGUAUUUUCUUUUAAAUAUCUUUGGUAAUUGAAAAAUAAUUGAAGAGGUUAAGAUGUUUUUAGAUAUAAUGUUUUCAUACAAUUUCAGCUCCAUGCCUUUAUAUUUUUCUGAAAAGCUAGUGAGUGUCGACGUGUGACUCCCUCAGUUCUCUUGGAAAAGCUGAGAGAGAACUCUGUCUCACCAAGUGAGGGGGCGAAGAGUAAUGAUGGCUCCAUGGACCAGAGAAUUGGUGCUAAUUAUGCCUUACACUUGGCAAGUUCAGCAUGCUCUGCUGUUUCCUAGACAGUUACAGUUAGCAGACUUUAGAAACUUAACAGUCAAGUUGGCUUGGAUUAGGAGAUAAAGGUAUGUUCCAAGUGCAGAAGGAAAGUCUGAGGUCUUAUUUGGAACUUUACCAAGUCUUUCUGUUUUUGUUUUUCUUUGAGAGUUGCCAGUUUUUAAUAACAUGUAGAUUUGAAUCAGUCAUACAUUUGUAUAGUGAACUUGGUUAAUUAGAAUUUGGUUAUGUUAAGAUGACUCUUUAAGAACAAAAAUCAGUUUUUGGGGUCCCUGGAAUUGGCUGUUGGUACAUGUAUCUGGCGCAUCAAGGGGGAUUUAGUAAUUUUCUUCUCACUUGAUAGCUGCCUUGCCACCUUGUUAUGGUGCUCCAUCCCCUUCGUGCCAUUAGGUUUUUACCUUUCAUCUUUCUCUUUGCCAUCAAUAUUUGUAUUCAGAAGUUAUAUUUUUAGGGUUAGAAAUCAAAAUAUUUGGUGUUUGGCAAGCCUCUGAAGUGCUAGAUUAAUUUAGUUCUAAAUCAAGUGCUUCAGGCUAGUAUGAAUUUCAGCCCAAAUGCCAGUCAGACCAAGGUGUGGGUUUCCCUUGGCUGUCACAUAGGGGAAUUCCUGUGUCCUUUUGGCUCCCAUAAUGUGCUUUUUUUUUUUUUUUUUUGUAACUUAAAUUCCAUGAUUCAUUGCCCUGCUAGUCUUGAAAGCUCUGUCUGUUUUUUUGUGAGAACCUUAAAAAUCUCCCUUUUUAUUUUCCUGGAAAUACUGUAAAAACACUUAAAGUAGAAAUUUAUUAAUUUUAAAACAUCCUAUAAAUUCAGAAAAUAUAAAUGAUUGGGUCAUUUAGCUGUAUUUUUUUUAAAUAAACUGAAAGAUAAAGAACACAACACUUUACAUACUUUAUAUUUCUUUUUGCAUAACUUGGAAUCAUACACAGUUUUCUUUUUAAAGCACAAUGUUGAAGCCUUUAAAAGGUAUUUAAGGGUUUGGUCAAGUGAAUAUAAAAUAUUUGUCUGUAUAAAGAGAAAAUUGUAGGCACUGUUAUGUACUGACAUUAGUUACAACCUAGUUUUAAUUCUUAAAACAAUUUUGAUUAGCAAAGCUAAACAAAAAUGGAUGUUUCAGUUAAAUGUUUUAAAGAGGUACAGAUUUUUACAAGGACAUAAUAUAAGUUAUUGUUCUGUAGAAAUAUCCUGUUAAAUAUUGUAUGUCCCUCCCUCUGUAUACUUUGUAAAAAAAGUAAAAUACAUAAAAAGAAAAUCAUAUAGGGAUGUGUGACAUUAUUGUAAUUGUGUACUUGAGAACAAUGUGCAAAAAUAAAAAUCAGAAUAUUUUCCUGUUAAUGUUUAGUCUGUUUGAUACCAGUACUAAGUUAAUGCUUUUCUUAAGAAAAAAAGUUGUACAGUUUUUGUAAACCUAAUAAACAUCAAAAGCAGUGGAUUA